AUGUUUGAAUUUUUUUUAGCUACUAGAAAUUGCAACCCUGGUAUUUUACAUGAAGUAAUUGAUUACUUUAAACAAAAACUAAAGUCUGAGACAUCUAAUUUUUUGCAUGUAAAAGAUGUUGCUUUGAUUUAUGAUGCCAUGUCAAUUAGAGAGGGAUUUUGGCCUGAUAAAAGUGGAAAAGUGUAUGGAUAUUGUGAUCUUGGUGGCAUUGCACAAACGGACAAUGAAGAAUUAGCAAAAGGAGCGCUAAGCCAAUUAGUACUUGCUGUCAUCUCAGUUCUGUAUGAAGCUGGAGGAAUUACUGUUCGAUCUCUGACAAGUGAUGGAACAACCACAAAUUUAAAGACGUAUGAACUUUUAGGUUGUAGCUUAGAUCAUACAAAUAUUCCAUCUUCUAUUCCUCAUCCAGAUGAACCUUUUAUAAAUAUUCAUUGUAUUGUUGAUCCUUGCCAUCUUAUGAAAAUUUUUAGAAAUUGUAUGGCUGAUUUAAGUUUAUCUCACUCAGGCCGUAUAAUAUCAUUUGAUUAUGUAAAAAAGCUUCAUGAAAUUCAGCAAAUUGAAAAUUUGAAGUUUGCUAAUAAACUAAGUUCAUUACAUAUAUUUUAUAAAAACAAAAAAAAUAGUGUUCCUUUAGCAGUCCAGGUUUUGAGCAGCAACGUAGCUGAUGCAUUACAAUUCUUACAAUCAUAUAAUAAUGAUUUUAAAAAUUCUACUGCUACUAUUGAGUUUAUUUGA